UCGCGGGGGCGGGGAGCCGAGAGGCCGCGGCCGGGCUGGGCGCUCGGAGGCCGCCCCCGCGCCCCGACUCAGCGCAGCGACGCCCGCGCCUGCCCCGGCUGCGCUGACUGUCGCCGAGUGUCGCCAGCGGCCACGCGGAGGCGGCCGGGAGCGGCCCGCGGCAGGUGCUGUGGUGCAGUAAAUAUAAUUUGAAGAAGGCAAGAAGGAACCGAUGGCUUUAGCUGGUGGCCCAGACUCCUUUUUGCACCAUCCGUACUACCAGGAACAGGUGGAGCAGACCUCGCCCCCCGCUUCCGGUGACCUGACAGGACCAGAAUCUCAAGCCCCGCCAGACCGUGUGGCAAGCCAUCCAGAGGAUGACGUGGACCUGGAAGCCCUGGUGAAUGACAUGAAUGCAUCCAUGGAGAGCCUGUACUCCGCCUGUAGCAUGCAGUCAGAGACGGUGCCCCUUCUGCAGAGCCCGCAGGCCCGCAGCCGGCUGCCGGCAGGAGCCAGGCCCUGCCUCCCACUGGCGUCCCCCCGGCCGAAGGUGCAGCGCUCCCAGCCCGUGCACAUCCUCGCUGUCAGGCGCCUGCAAGAAGAAGACCAGCAGUUUCGAACCUCCUCUUUGCCGGCCAUCCCCAACCCUUUCCCUGAGCUCUGUGACCCUGGGAGCCCCCCUGUGCUCACCCCCAGCUCCCUUCCUCCCGGCCAGGCUGCUGCGAAACAGGAUGUGAAAGUCUUUAGUGAAGAUGGGACGAGCAAAGUGGUGGAGAUUCUAGCCGACAUGACAGCCAGGGAUCUGUGCGAGGUGCUGGUGUACAAAAGCCACUGUGUGAAUGACAACAGUUGGACCCUGGUGGAGCACCACCCGCACCUGGGGCUAGAAAGGUGUUUGGAAGACCAUGAGCUGGUGGCUCAAGUGGAAAGUACUAUGGGAAAUGAAAGUAAAUUCUUAUUCCGGAAGAAUUAUGCAAAAUAUGAGUUUUUCAAAAACCCGAUGAAUUUCUUCCCAGAGCAGAUGGUGACUUGGUGCCAGCAAUCCAAUGGCAGCCAGAACCAGCUUCUGCAGAAUUUUCUGAACUCCAGCAGUUGUCCUGAAAUUCAAGGGUUUUUGUAUGUGAAAGAGCUGGGAAGGAAAUCAUGGAAAAAGUUGUAUGUGUGUUUGCGCAGAUCAGGCCUUUACUGCUCCACAAAGGGGUCUUCAAAGGAACCCCGACACCUGCAGUUGUUUGCAGACUUGGAGGACAGCAGCAUCUUCUCCCUGAUUGCUGGGAAGAAGCAGUAUGGGGCCCCCACAGAGUUCGGCUUGUGCAUAAAGCCUAACAAGGUCAGGAGUGAAAUGAAAGAGAUGCGACUGCUGUGUGCGGAGGACGAGCAGGGCCGAACCUGCUGGCUGACAGCCUUCAGACUCAUCAAGUAUGGAAUGCUCCUUUACCAGAACUACAGAAUCCCGCAGCAGAGGAGACCCCCUGGCUCCCCCUUCUCAGCCCCGGUGCGCAGUGUCUCGGAGAACUCCCUGGUGGCCAUGGAUUUCUCCGGCCAGACAGGAAGAGUGAUUGAGAAUCCAGCGGAAGCUCAGAGCGCAGCCCUGGAAGAAGGCCAUGCCUGGAGGAAGCGAAGCACGCGGAUGAAUAUCCUAAGUAGCCAAAGUCCCCUCCACCCUUCUACCUUAAGCACAGUGAUUCACAAGACUCAGCACUGGUUCCACGGUAGGAUCUCCAGGGAAGAGGCACACAGAAUCGUUAAGCAGCAGGGGCUGGUCGAUGGACUUUUUCUACUUCGUGACAGUCAGAGUAAUCCAAAGGCAUUUGUACUCACACUGUGUCAUCACCAGAAGAUUAAAAACUUCCAGAUCCUGCCUUGCGAGGAUGAUGGGCAAGUGUUUUUCAGCCUUGAUGAUGGGAAUACCAAAUUCUCUGACUUGAUCCAGCUUGUUGACUUUUACCAGCUAAACAAAGGAGUGUUGCCUUGCAAACUCAAGCACCACUGCAUUCGCGUGGCCUUAUGACCUCAGAUUCACUCUUGGCUGAAUACUGGAGAAAGUUGACACUGGAAUGAAGGAGAGAACAUGCAUCUAUUCUACACCUUCAGAAUUGGAGGAAGAGUGGUUCAUUCGGUGCCAACCGACCAAGAUUUUACUAGUUUGUUGGACCUGACAAUGACUUGCUGCUUUUGAUCCAGCGAGAUUGCUUCCUCUCUGCUGACCAAAUCAGGGAGGACAAGAAAGAGCAAGCGCAAAUUUGAAACUAAACUGGAAUGAUCAUCUUGGCUGGGCUGCGUAGGAACAAGAAUCAGAGAGAGUCAUUGGAAAAGAACUAUUGCCCUGGAAUAAUCUUGACAAUUAAAACUGAUAUGUUUACUUUUUUGUAUUGAUCACUUUUUUGCACUCCUUCUUAGUUUUUAAUAUUGUAUUCAGCCUAUGGUAGGAGGGGUGUGGCCUUUCAGCACAUACAAGGCAAAAGAGUGGCAGCCUUAAGAAAUUGAACAGGGGCCCCCAAGUCUUUGCAGAGGGUGAUUCCCACCCUCUGUAGGUCACGUGGGUAGACUCAGCUCCCAAAUAAUGAAGCACCCCCAGUUCUUCCCAGUAUACUUGAAGCGCUCCUUUAAAGAAAAAGGUGUCACCUGUGGUAGGUAUUUGGCACGUUGUGUGGCCCAUCAAGUGAUCAGUCUGUCAGUUUUGUAUGCACAGAUGUCCUAUACUAUUUUUAUGUCUUGUCUUCCACCAUUUAGGAGACUUGAUUUCUUUUGGAAACAUUUCUUCACUGUUCACAAUAUGACAGGGCUGAGUGACCUUGCUCUGGUGCGAUGCAGACCAGCCUUCUGGAGCUGCACACAGUGUCCACUUCCUAUGACGUGGACGCCAUGCUGCGUUGCCCGUUCUGGAACUGUCACUGCCUUUCCCUACAGGGGUAUGAGUCCUUUCACAGCUACUCUCCCUCAGGGGACUAAAGAACCUAAAAAUAUCAGAAGUGGCAUCUGGUUGCUCAGCUCUCUGCAGUGCCCCAUGGGUUUCUAUGGUGAUAAAGAUGAAAAGGGCACAGCCACAGCCUUGUCUCAAAUGGUCUUUGCUUGAUGACCUCUGUCCUGCUGAAAACCCCUGUAGGCCAGUGGAUGUGAGGCAGCCAAGGCUCCUCCUCUGUUUGGUUUACAAUCACAAGUACCUCACAGCCGUGUGGACAUUGAAGACUUGUGUGAACACAAUACUGCUUCCUGCUCAAGGAGCUGAGUUAGAUGGGGCCUGAACUCUCCCCAGAACCGCUGCCCUGUCCCAUUAGCUGAGUCCCCAGGCAUGAGAAUUGGACAGGUUUGCCUUGCAUCCCUGCAGGGCAGAAAGGGCUCUCUUUAUAAGCAUACCUACAAUGACGAGAAAUGGUAUCUCUUUCUGAGAUUGCAGUCCUUAAGGUGUGCCCUGGAGGUGUGCUAACCACCAGACUGCCUCAGUUUCCACCCACUGCAGUACCCCCCCAAGGAGCUUCCACGUGGUGUAGAACCCUCAUACCAGGCUUAGUGCUACAUCUCUGCGGCAAGUUAUAUCUAGGUAUAGAGACACUGUAUUUUAGUUUACAGACCACACUAGUUGAGUUUCAUGAAAUGUCUACUUAUACAAAUGAAGAAUUUUUAGUAGAACUUGUUUUUAACCACAAAAAUUUAAUUGCAUUUUCUUCUUUCAUAGCCAGUUAAUCUUUGAAACCGUUGAAUAGUAGGUCAUUCUUGAGUUCACACCUAGCAUGCUUUCACUGAACUUGUCUUGGGGACUGAUGGUUCAGAGACACUGUUAAAUCAUUUUUGUCCUCACUGGUCGGAAGUAAAACCUUAAGAAAAAUAAAAUAAAGAAGACCUCUGAUUUCUUUUUUCUGUUUACAUACAUCAGUCUCCACCAGUGAGAUGAGACUCUCCUGCCUCUCCAAUAGACAGCUAGUAUUGCAGUAUUUUAUAUUUAUAGAUAUGCAUUUUAUUUAAUAGAACAAAAGAUUGACUCUGACUCACAGUUUUAUAUGUAGCUGGUUUGAUGUAGUGUUUUGUACCUUCCAGCUGAAGUGAAUUGCUUGAGAGUGUAAACUUCCUAGCAGUUUCCAUAACCCCUGCUGCUGCCCUCGAGAUGGGCAGCUGGGAAUUCCACCGGAAACAGCCAGUCCCUCGAGGGUGCAGGUUUCCAGCCCAGCCAACCAGGGGCUGAAGGACAUUCGACUUUUAUUUUUGUAUUUAAAUGAUAUGAAUGUAAACGGGACAGCUCAGGGUCAUUUUGGAGCCUGUUGACUUUAUUUUUAAUCGUUUGCCUGUGAUUUUCUUUCAAGUGAAAACUCCAACAGUCUAAAAUACGUUGAGAAGAAAGACACCAAAUAUUUUAGGUAUUGGAGUUGCAUAGGUGAGCUCUGUGACCUUAGAGAUCAGAGUUCCAGAACAUUUAUUUUGUUUGCUACACUUUGAAGAAACAUGUGCCUCAGUCUAGAUGUUUUGUCUCGUAUCUGCACUUAAUACCUGAUAGUUUGACCAAUCAGUGUGUCCUUUCAGUGCGGGGUUUAUAACAUCACAGCAUCGCCACUGUGACCAUGUAAACAUUUUCAGGAAAUGCAGAAGGUAUUAACUUCAGAGACAAAACCUUUAUUCCAUGUGCUUUGCUUUAUUCUGUACAUAACUCUUUGACUUGUGUACUUAAUUGUAAUCUUUCCGGUAUUUUUGUACAAAUAAGGGACUGAUGUUCUGUUUCUUGUAAUUAGAAAUAAACAUGAAUACAGUGUUCUUCAUUUUC